CUUGGCGCACGAAUUUGCAUGGCGCGCCUGGGGCUGGCUGGGCCUGGGCCUGAGCUUCCAUCCUGGCAGGACAUCAUUGCAGACCGUCGCGUGUCUCUCUUUGUUUUCUUCUUGACAUCACUUAACCCGCUCUCCACCCGCCGAAUGGUUCUGCCUUGAGUCGCCUGCCGACUCAUCCUCGGGGGCUGUCACCAGACGUCAGCACUAGAACUGUCGCGUGCCACUGACAGAGGCCUCGACUGCGACUGCGACCGCCGCCACCACCGCCAUGGAACCCUCGACAGCAACAACAAAAGACCAGCCGGUCCCGGCCGCUGCGACGAGCCGGCUGUCCAUCUCGACGGGCCAGUCGGUCAAGGAUGCGCGAGACCUGGCGGCCAUGGGCCACGACGAGGCCCUCUCGCGCAAGUUCAGCGUCAUCAGCAUGCUGUCCCUGGCGUUCUGCGUGCUGGGCACCUGGUCGACAUUUGCGCAGGGCCUGUCCUCGGGCCUCGAGAACGGCGGGCCCAUCACGAUCCUCUGGGGCCUGGUCCUCGUGCUCGCGUGCAACCUGUGCAUCGCGCUGUCCCUGGGCGAGAUGUGCAGCAGCAUGCCCACCGCCCUCGGCCAGGCGUACUGGAUCUCGGCCCUGCUACAGGGGCGCAAAGGCGCGCGGCUGCUGUCGUACGUGUGCGCCUGGGUCAACACCUUUGGCUGGUGGACGCUCGCGGCGUCGCAGAUUGCCUUUAUGACCGAGUUCCUGCUCGGGAUGAAGGUCCUGUUCGACAACGAGUGGGAGGGCGCGGGCGAGGGUUGGCUCCAAUUCGUCAUCUACCUGGCCAUCACUGCGUUCCUGACCUUCCUCAACCUCGUCCUCUGCCGGCGCGACCCGGUCCUGCCCAUGUUCAACAACUUUGUCGGCAUCUGCUUCGUCGGCUUGUUCUUCGUCUUCAUCCUCGCCAUGGUCAUCUCGGUAGGGGUCAAUGCCAGCGGCGACCUCGCCUUCCAGCCCGCCAGCUUCGUCUUCACCACCUGGAUCAACCAGACGGCCUGGAGCGACGGGGUCACCUGGUUCACGGGCCUCGUGCAGGCUGCGUACGGUCUGACGGCAUUCGAUGCGGCCAUCCAUCUCGCCGAGGAGAUUCCCGCGCCUCGUAAGACUAUCCCAAGGGUCCUUUGGCUGUCAGUAACGCUCGGAGCAAUCAGCGGAUGGAUCUUCAUGGUCGCUUGUCUUUUCGUCAUCCAGAGUCUGGACGAUGUUCUGGACCCUUCCACUGGCCUGCCGUUCAUGGACCUCGUAGUCAAGUCCGUUGGCCUGCAAGGUGGUUCUGUCCUGCUCGCCCUCUUCAUCUUCAAUGGUCUGGGCCAGGGAGUCAGCAUCAUGACCACCGCGUCUCGUAUGACCUGGGGCUUCGCCAGGGAUGGUGGCCUCCCUUUCAGUCGGUAUUUCGCCCACGUCGACCCCGUGUGGAAAGUCCCCGUCCGCGCGCUGUGUCUGCAGGGCGUGCUCAUCGGGCUCAUCGGCGUGCUCUACACCUUCGCGAGCACCGUCCUCGAAGCCAUCCUGAGCGUUAGCACCAUCGCCCUGACCAUUUCGUACGCGCUGCCGAUCGUCGCGCUCGUGAUCGCCGGGAGGGAUAAGUUACCUCCAGGCGGGACCUUCAGCCUUGGAAAGACAUUCGGGCCCGUCGCCAACUACGUCUCGCUCGUGUACUGCGCCGUCACGACGGUCUUCUUCUUCUUCCCGGGCGACCCGGACCCGGCGCCCGAGGACAUGAACUACGCCAUUGCCGUGUUUGGCAUCAUGCUCGUCGUGGCUGGGGCGUUCUGGCUGGUCAGGGGGCGGCGCGAGUACUUGCGGGUUGCAGGCGCAGGGGAUCGCAGUCUCGUGGUAGAUUCUCGUGUGCAAGGGCCCGCGUACGUGCACGGCGAGGGCAUUGUAGCAAAGGAGGACAGCUAAAUGUCUGGACGUUCACAAGCCAGAGACAGGACGGGGCUCUCUUGAAGCACGCAAAGCGAUGAGUCAUAUCGCUGCAGUGAUAUAGGCAUUGCUUGAAGCAAAAAUACACAAGAAUUUUAAACCUAGCACUCGGCAAGGGC